CCCGUCUCAACUGCUCUCUCAAAACUGGGACGACCUGAACGAUUGUGUUUUAUAUAUGUAUAUUACUCAUUAUAUGUACGUAUUCACAAUACCAAAACCGUAUACGGCGUACGGUUAGAGUAAUUCGUUGAAAAUUUUCUGUCUUUAAAUUUUGUACGUUUUAGAUUAUUCGUUUAUAUUUCAAACGAUCACUUCACAACUUCCUAUCACCACCACAAACACACAUAUACAAUCUACAUGUAUUUAUUUGUUUAUGAUUGCAAGCAUCAUGGCUGACAUACCUGGAAAUAUAAUUUUCUUAAUUACAUCCUUACUUACAUUGUUUCACCCAUUAAUAAUACCUGUGGAAAGUAAUAACAACGCAAUUGUACAAGCCGACAAAUAUCUUUUAGAGCUGAUCAAGGCUGAAGGUUUAACGAAAUUUUCAGGAUUUAUACAAAAGGCAAAAAUAGAAGAAAGCUUCACAAGCAAUAUUGCCAGAACUGUGUUUGCAUUCACCGACAAAGCCUAUUUUGAACUUCCACCUGAACGCAAGACCAGUAUUGAAUCUAUGAGUGAGAAAGAUUUGGAAUAUUUUGUGAAAUUCUUUACAGUAUACAAUAGGAGGAUCCAAAGUUCUGAAAUAAUAAACAAUGGCAUCCUAAAAAGCAAUAGCAAAAAUCAGAAUCUUUUAUUUACUUCAAGACCGAGUUUAAAUACCAAUUCUGAUAACACUGAACAAAUCUACAUCAAUGGUGCUCGCAUUAUACGGUCAAACCUCAAUGCCGUAAAUGGAAUUUUACAUAUUAUCGACACAGUUUUGCAAGUAACCAGCAACAAUCAAGCUAUUGUAUAUCUGGAGAAACCUGAAGAUAGCCGUGUUAAAACCAGUAAAUUCUAUAAGUUGAUAAAAGUGUUCUCUGUUAUUGAAGAUGAGUUGCGUAAUAUGAACAGAAUGACUCUUUUUGUACCCUCUGAUGAAGCAAUGCAGAAAGUUGAUGACAAGAAACUUGAACAGUUAAGCAAUGACAAAGAAAGCAUAAAAAAGAUCAUUGACCAGAGUAUUAUUCGUAACGAGGUUCUUUUUACUUCAUCUACUGAUGUCCGUAUCCGUGGUAUUCCAUCUAAAACUGUACCAUUGUUAUAUAAGAAUUCAUUUGAUCAAGUGUCUGUCUUUUCUGGAGACUCGACAGCCAACAUCAUUAUUGGCAAUAUAUCUGUUUCCAAUGGUGUUAUCCAUGUAGUUGACAGAAUGCUUGGAUAUGUGUUCAAUUCAGUGAUGGAAGAAAUACGAAAUGAUGUCAGUGCCUCGAAGUUUGUACAAUUCCUGUCCAUGAUUAAUAUUGCCAUUAUUAAUGAGGCUCUCAAGACUGAUGAUAGAGUAACACUGUUUGUCCCAACCAAUGAAGCUUUUGCUCGUGUACCUGAACAAACUAAAUUCCUGGCAAGUAACCCAGCAUGUUUAGAGGAGAUUGUAAAAUUUCACAUUAUUCGUGAUCUCAAAUGGCAAUUGGUCCAAAUUGGAGGAGAAUAUGAUGCCAGGGAAAAAAUGCGUUCUAUGGCAGGUUAUUAUCUUAAAGCCUACAAUUUUGAUUAUGAUCGUUAUGUUGAUAGUGUUGGUGUUAAAGCGAAGCUUCUUAGUACAGACAUUGGCUGCACUAAUGGCUUGGUUCAAAAGAUUGACCGAAUAUUUGGCAUUCCUGAUAUGGAUAUUCCUAGCCUGAUCGACAAUCAUCCUUGGCUUCAAGAGCAACCAUAUGCUGCAUUGCAAAUAACUGGCCUGCAACAAGAACUAACUGACAAUAAAAGAAUUUAUAACUCUAAUAGUAGGUUUCUGUCAACAAAUUAUAGACGAUGUGGUUUUCAGAAAUGUGAUUUUACUGUGCUUAUUCCAAAUGGGACUGCCAUUGAGAUAAUGAUGCGAAAUCAUAUUGGGAAAGAGAUUUGGAAGAGUCCUAAGGUACUGAAAAAGGUCUUCCAACGAAUGAUAUUCACAGACCAGUGUAUCUUUAUGGAUUCAUUGGCUGAUGGUAUUCAAAAUUUUUUCUCUUCUGUUGGAGUACCAGUAGUUUUCCAAAAAAGUCAACUCUCUCAAACAAUCCGACUUGGUCAUAAAGUUGCAAAAGUUUUGCAUUCUGACCUGGCAGCCACAAAUGGUAUUGUUCACAUCAUCGACCAAGUUCUCUUUUUAAAUGAUGAUCUGUUGUUUGGAAACGCUGCUCAGCCUCGACUUUCUACUGUGUUAAUGAUCGUUUCACUCAUUUUAUUGCUGUGCACACACACGUGACCAUAAUUUUAUUAAAAGGAAAAUACGGAUAGAUACUCAGAUUGUUUCUACAUUGAAAAUGUGAAUGCAAAUGUUAUAAAUGAAAUACUGUGUGUGUGUGUGUGUGUGUACCUGUACCUGGAUGCUCGCAUUCGGAUAUUUUCUGUUUACUGUUCAUUGUUUGAAUCUUUUGGACUAAAACUUUGUUUCUGACUGUAUCCUGGUACUGGGUUUUAUCAAAUACACAGAUACUGACUUUUACUUUUAAAAUAUUUUUAAAAUGAUACAAAUUAGAUGAUAUUUUUUCGAAAGCAGAAUUGCCGUUAGAGCAGCUUUAAGCCAAAGUACUGGAUAAAUUACCAUUACAAAAUUUGUCAACAACAUAUUUAAAAAAUAUUUCAGUGUCUGUGUGACUGAUGCAGGCUUUAAAUUUGAAACUGAAGCUUUAUAUAUGCAGUUGAAAAUAUUCUGAUUGAAUUGGGAAAUCAAUGGAAUGAAGAAAAUACUUGAUGGGAAAAAAAAAGGGAGUAAUUGAUGAAGGAAAGAAAGAUUUGUUGGAAGGAAAUAUUUGGUAAGAGGUGAAAGGAUUGGAUGAGUAAAAGUGAAAUUUAAUAAAAGAAAGAUGCAAUAAAUGAGUGAAAGAAAAGCUGGUUGAAAGGUGAAAAAAUUAUCUGAAGAAGGAGAGAUUAAACAAAGGAAAGAAAAAUCUAAUGAAAAAAGAAGAAAGCAAAUAAAAUGUGUUGAGAAACAAAGGAAAAAAAUAUAUGAAAGAAAUGGAUGGAAGGAAAAAAAAACGAAUAAAAUAAAGUUUGAAUGAGUAAACGGUUUUAGUAAAUCACUGAAAUAUUCUUUUGUUAAGAAAACAAACAAAAAAUCAUUCUGCAAAAAAAAAAAAAAUCUAUAAAAACUUACACUGCCAUCUUUAUACUACUGAAAUUUAUAUACAACAGCAUUCUGUAUGUCUUACUGUAUGUAUGUCUUAAUAAGCUAUGGAAAGCCUCAAAACAGUAUAUCCAUGUUAAGAUACACAGACUGAUAUUUUGAGUUAAUACAUCAGUUGCUAAUAAAGUUUUACCCACCCUGCCAGCUAUUUGUGACAGCAGGGAUUUGUUAAUCAUUCUGGACGCUUUUUGUCUGCUACUUGUACAUCUGUUCUUUUUAGCUCUGUACGCCUAUACAGUGGAGGCGCAAUGGCCCAGUGGUUAGGGCAGCAGACUCGCGGUCAUAGGAUCGCGGUUUCGAUUCCCAGACCGGGCGUUGUGAGUGUUUAUUGAGCGAAAACACCUAAAAGCUCCACGAGGCUCCGGCAGGGGAUGGUGGCGAACCCUGCUGUACUCUUCCACCACAACUUUCUCUCACUCUUACUUCUUGUUCCUGUUGUACCUGUAUUUCAAAGGGUCAGCCUUGUCACACUGUGUCACGCUGACUAUCCCCGAGAACUACGUUAAGGGUACACGUGUCCGUGGAGUGCUCAGCUACUUGCACGUUAAUUUCACGAGCAGGCUGUUCCAUUGAUCGGAUCAACUGGAACCCACGACGUCGUAAGCGACGGAGUGCCAACAACAACGUCUAUACAAGAAACUUUCUAAAGAGGAAAGACACAAUAUUGUAGCUUUCUGACUAUAUAUGUACGCUAUACAUAGAAUACUACUUUGAACAAACACUGCCUCCUUUGCCAAUAUUGAAUUUAUAAAUAAUAAAAAAUACAACGGAA